UUUCACCACAACCACGACCACAACCACACCCACACUACCGCCAACCCCAGGCCUUGAAGAGCGGCUCGACAAUAAAAUUCAGAUUCUGCACCCACAUCGCUUUAGAGAGAGUUCAGUCCCCCCAGGAUCGCAAUCAUGGCUGAGAUCGACCCUCCAACCGAGCGCAAGCCCCGCAAGUCCGUCGCGUUCAGUGAAGGUGCAACCGUCGUCGACUCGGAUGGCCAGGUCACCGAGUCCACAGAUAUGAACGGUGGGAAGAACAGUGCUGAGUCGCACGCAGCUGUGGCAGGCGACGCUGACAAGGACAUCGAUGAAGUCACAGAUAUGUUCAAGGACCUCGCCAAGAAGAAAAAGAAAAAGAGCAAGGCGAAGGAGGGCGAUGAGGAGCCUGUGGUAGUAGAUGGCGAGUUCGACCCGUCUGCGCUGAAGAAGAAGAAGAAGAAGAAGGUUCCAAAGACUGACGCAGACGAGUUUGAAGCCAAGCUUGCCGAAGCUGUAGGUGACAAGGCCGAUGGCGAGGCUACUGUCGAGCCCGUUGAGGAAGGCGACAUGAUGAAGGGUACCGGCAUCUGGCAGCACGACGCUACGCAACCCAUUAGCUAUAAUCUUCUGCUGAACCGCUUCUUUACCCUGCUACACUCGCAGCAUCCCGACCUUGCCUCUUCUGGAUCCAAGAGCUACAAGAUUCCUCCGCCGCAGUGUCUGCGUGAAGGCAACAAGAAGACCAUUUUCGCCAACAUUUCCGAGAUUUGCAAACGCAUGAAGCGAACCGACGAGCACGUGACACAAUUCUUGUUUGCUGAAUUGGGUACCUCUGGCUCUGUCGACGGUAGCCGCCGUCUGGUCAUCAAGGGUCGUUUCCAGCAGAAGCAGAUUGAGAACGUCUUGCGCCGGUACAUCCUUGAAUACGUAACAUGCAAGACGUGCCGAUCGCCCGACACGGAGCUAAACAAGGGAGAGAAUCGGUUAUACUUUGUCACUUGCAAUAGUUGUGGAUCUCGGCGGUCCGUCACGGCUAUCAAGACGGGGUUCUCUGCGCAGGUUGGCAAGAGGAGGAGGCAGCAAGGUUAAGCUGUUGGUUCCGGAUGCUCUUAUGGACUUUUCCCGACGAGACUGUCUCGCGCGUGCAAUAUGGCGAAGAGCUGCGUGUUUGAAGACGUCAUGCACGGUGGGUCGAUAGAUUGAUGGUGGACGAAGCAGGGGGGAUAAAAAUGGGUAUGAGGUUGAAUGCAUUCACCGAUCCAUGGCCGACUUGAUGGGCACUGGUCUGUAAAUUAGACGCGGCAGGCCUACCAAUGGACAAGCACUUGUCUAUCUUC